UGAUGAUGCCAACAUCCGCUGAGAGAGCGGGACAAUACAGCAGUUAGAGGAAGGAAGCCCCUUUAUUUUUCAUUUCCAUCUCUAUUUUUAUGUGAUUUUAUUUUGGAAUAAGACUGUUAUACUGUGUAUGUGCUGACUGUAGUGUUCAGACAAGGCGGGGCUGAACCAGCUGUCUCAUUUUGGACGCACCAGCACAGGACACAGAGGAGACACUGGAGUGUUGUUGCUGUUCCUGCUGCUGUUCGAUGACAGUAUAGAGACUCAGGCAUGAAUUCGGCUGAACAGACAGUGACAUGGCUGAUUACACUGGGAGUCUUGGACUCACCAAAGAAGAGCAUCUCGGAUCCAGAGGCUUUCCUCCAGACGUCUCUGCAGGACGGAGUCGUGCUGUGUAAGCUGCUGGAGCGACUCCGACCCGGGACGGUGGACAAAUUUGUCCAGGAUCCGAGGAGCGACAGCGACUGUCAGAGGAAUAUCGGCGAGUUUGUGAAAGGCUGCGGGGCUUACGGCGUGGAGCCUUUUGAGGUCAGUGACCUCCUGCAGGGCCUGAACUUCUCCAAGGUACUGAACUGCUUGGUUGCCCUGAACAAAGCCACUGAAAGUGUCCCUGGAGACAUUGUGCGCCUGCCACACUCCUCAACCUUGAGGAUCAAGUCAUUUGACGCUCUGAACACUCAGACUCGUUCCUCCAAACUACUGCAGCCUCAGUAUCGCAGCCUGGACAUGUCAGAGGGCAGUGGGAGUGGCCACGUGCUGGUCAAGGCACGCUUUCCCUUCCAGCAGACCAAUGAGGACGAGCUCUCCUUCUCCAAGGGCGACAUCAUCAGCGUGAGCAGGCAGGAGGAUGGGGGCUGGUGGGAAGGCUCGCUUGAAGGCAGGACGGGGUGGUUCCCCAGUAACUAUGUACGAGAGCUAAAAGGAAAUGAUAAGACAUUAGAAAAGCCAAAGUCUGGAACACUAAAGAGUCCACCCAAAGGAUUUGACAACACUAUCAUCAGUAAGACCUACUACAAUGUGGUGCUACAGAACAUCCUGGAAGCAGAGAGUGAAUAUUCCAGGGAGCUGCAGAGUCUUCUUGGUGCAUACUUGCGCUCACUUCACCCCACAGACAGACUCAGCAGUGAGGACAUCAGUCACAUUCAAGGAAAUCUGGAGGAGAUCUCAACCUUCCAGCAGAUGUUGGUCCAGUCUUUAGAGGAGCACACAAAACUGCCAGAGAGCCAGCAGAGGAUAGGGGGCUUUUUCUUGAGUCUGAUGCCGCAGAUGAAGCUCAUCUAUGUGGCUUACUGCUCCAACCACCCAUCUGCUGUCAAUGUACUCACACAACACAGUGAGGUGCUCGGGGAGUACAUGGAGUCAAAGGGAGCGUCAAACCCAGGGAUCCUGACUCUGACCACGAGUCUGAGUAAACCCUUCACCAGACUAGAGAGAUACCCAUCACUUCUAACUGAACUGGAUAGACACAUGGAGGACCAACACCCUGACAGCUCUGAUCUUCAUGCUUCCAUAGUGGCCUUCAAAAACCUUGCAGCUCAGUGUCUGGAGGUGAGAAAGAAGAAGGACCUGGAGUUGCAUAUUUUAACAGAGCCAAUCCGAAACUGGGAAGGGGAUGACAUCAAAAGUCUUGGGCCUGUUCUGCACAUGUCCCAGGCAACAGUGCACACACAGAACUGUCAGGAGUCAAAUGAACGCUACCUCAUCCUCUUCCCUCAUACACUACUCAUGUUAUCUGCCAGCCUGAGAAUGAGUGGAUUCAUCUAUCAGGGGAGGAUGCCACUAACAGGGAUGCUCAUCUCCAGAAUAGAGGAUGGAGAAAACCUGAGGAAUGCUUUUGAAAUAUCUGGUGGACAGUGUGAGCGGAUGCAGGUGGCGUGCAACAGUCAGCACGAUCUACAGGACUGGCUCGACCUUCUCACCAAACAGACACACACUCCAGCUACACACAGACACUCACACAAGCCCCAGUCCAUCUAUCACACACUGCCCAUUCAACCGGUCAGUCCAACCAGACACUCUGAGUCUCGUGGAGGGAGCAGUGGUCACAGUUUCACUCUUCCUCACCUCUCCUCCUAUGGAACGUUACACAGUAGUCUGAUGUGGGGGUCUCUGGAGCCACCGAGUACCCCCAAACACUGGAGCCUGAGCUGCCUCCGCCCUGCACCUCCUCUGCGACCCUCUGCUGCUCUCUGCUACAAGGAGGAUAUGAGUAAAAGUCCCAAGAACAUGAAGAAACUGCUCCCGAAGAGGAAGCCAGAGAGAAAACCUUCAGAGGAGGACCUCACUGCCAGAAAGAGUAUGGCAGCUUUAGAGGAGGACGCUCAGAUACUGAAGGUGAUUGAAGCCUACUGUACCAGCGCCAAGACACGGCAGACUCUCAACUCCACUUGGCAGGGGACUGACCUCAUGCACAACCAUGUGCUCGGUGACACCAGCCUCACCAUUGCUGGGCUACCCGGCAACCUGCCAUGUUCUGACCAAUCAGAGGACUCGGAUUAUGACAGUAUCUGGACCAGCCAUAGUUACAGGACUGCCUCGUUUUCUCGCUCCAGCAGGAAGGAUGUUCACAUGUUGUUCCCAGAGGAGGAGAAGAUUAUUGUGGAGGAAACCAGGAGCAACGGACAAACUGUAGUGGAGGAGAGGAGUUUAGUGGACACUGUGUACAGCCUCAAGGACGAAGUCCAGGAACUCAAACAGGACAACAAGAGGAUGAAGAGGACGUUGGAGGAGGAGCAGCGGGCGAGGAAAGAGCUGGAGAGGAUUGUCAGAAGAGUUCUCAAGAACAUGAAUGACCCCAUCUGGGAUGAGACAAACCUCUGAAAUGAAAAACACCACGGACAAAUCCAGUUUUUGAUUUGAUUUGAUUCUUUUAAAUGACCAAAUCUAUGAAACGUUGUCCCAAUGCUUCACCAGCUAUUCAACACCUGUGCACUAAACUUUGGACCAAGAGAAAGACAGAUUCCAUCCCAUCUGAGUGUAAAGCUGUGAAGCCAAAUCAGCCGGUAGGUAUAGUGACGUCACUUCCUAUCUUGCUCUCUUCCUCUUUUCUUUUAGCUUUUAGAGCACUGACAAAAAACAACAGCAAUCUUUUAUUUCUUUCACAUUCAUCCUUAUAUAUAAAUGCACAUUUAUUUCAGGAUUACUCAGAUAUGCCUUUAGUUAUUGUAACCUUUAUAUACUGAUAAGAACUAACAAAAAAUGAAGUAGCCUUUUUUGUUCUAUCAAAGUUAUUUAAGCUCAUCCUAAAAUAGCCAGCACUUGUGACCUCAUGUUUUUUAAAGGAUGAGAUGAAAAUUCUAAGUGUGACAUGGACUAAUGUGAUUUAUUGGUAGCUAGAUAAUAGUUCUCCAUCUUGUAGUUUCAAAGUGAAACAGAAGAUGGAUAUUCUCAGGAAUCAACAUCCAUUUAAAUUUUCCUCCAGAAUGAAACAUUUAAAGGUCACAUAAUGCAAGCAGCUGAGGUGAAGUCUGGUGAGAAAAGAAACAAUGAGAUGGCUGUUUAAUGUUAUACUUACGUCUAAAGCUAGUAGGUAACACUUUACAGUAGGAAUUAAUAUGACUUUUAUAAGCAUUUACUAACAGUUUUCAUUCAUGUUUUUAACUCACCAUUUAUUAAUGUUUGUCAGGUUAAUUAAGUUAUUCAUUCAUAUAUUAUUCAAGGGUUUAUAAAGCUCCUGUUAAUGUCAGUAAUAUCUGUUAACUGAUAACAGUUAAGUGACUGUAAAUGUAUUUCUUUAGUUAAUAUUUAUAAAGGUUUUUGUGUCUGUGAAGUUGAAACAUUUGUUUCCCUUAAGUGACACGUCUUUUAACUAUGACUUCAUAAGUGUACAGAUUAAGCAUUACUUAUCUAUUAUUAAGCAGUGGGAAACAUGUUCCACAAAUGUUUGGUUUGGUUGUUUCAGGUCUCACAAGGUGCAUUAAUAAAGGUUAACAAUGGUUAAUAAAUGCUUAAUUAUAGUAAAAGUGAUGUUUAUUCAAUACCCUGAUAUCCCUGUGUUAACUGACGUUAAUCCUUGAAUAAUGUAUGAAUUAAUACCUUAAUUAACCGUAAUAACAUUAGUAAAUGUUCAGUUAAAACGUUAAUUAACAUGUAGUAAACGCUUAUUACAGCAUUUACUAAUAUUUAUUAGUGUACCCUUAUUGUAAAGUGUUACCAAAUAAGGUUAACAUGGCAUGCUUUAAGUUCAUUUGGGGAAAAAAUAGCUUUGUUUUGUAUCCCAUCCAAAUAUCCUCUUUACAAUAUUACUAGUAUUAUUUAUGGUGCUUAAUAUAGAAUCACUUGUCAGUCUUUGCACUGUUUAACACUGAAACACCACAAUCUGGAAAGUGUGGUUUUGAGUUGUUUGUUUUUUUAAAACUUUUUUGCCAUUCCAGUGCAGAUAAAUUAAUGUCUAAUAAAUGAAAGAGCUGUUGGUGAGUUUUCUGCACCUGAAAGAUACCGUGGAGGAGACAGGGGAUGGAUGUAACACUUGUUUGUCUGUAAUUUGCAUAAUAUUGAUGAUUGAGCACCCUCAUUUUGACAGAAAAUAGCAAAGUUUUCAACUUCUCCAACUCUAUCACAGAAUUCAAGGACUGCCAUUGUUACAGUCCACCCAGCUGCCAGACUGUGUUGUAACACAAAUGGUAACAGUUAAGCACCAUUCAGACAGGGUUAGUUUUACAUGGGUAGGUGGUCAUUUUACCACAGGGCAUCUGUAAUGUUAAUGGACAAUCAGUACGGGAAAAUAAAUCUCACUAAAACUACCACAAGUGGACAUAAGCUAAAACGCCUAUAAUGCAAAACUAGACCAGGGAAUGAUUGUAUUGGCAUUUUAUUAGCCACAUAGCCUAGGACUACUACAUAGUGAGGUGCUUACAUCAAUAAGCAUUUACCUGAAGCAAUCAGAAGUCCUGUGCCUCUGACAAGUGCUUUCAACCUUCUUGGAAUGCUUGAAAAUCUGGGUAAAACUACUUGUAAACAGGAUAUGACGGAAUAUUUACGCACUUAUUUGCUGCUGGUCUAUUCACACAUGAUUAGUAUUACCUGGGGUAAUUUUCCGGACCUUUUUACCCAAGGUAAAAGUUGCUGUAAUCUGAUUGACAUCGUCUGGAAAUAAUGACUUACAUGGCACACUUGGGCAGGACUAAAAUCAUUGAGAAGCUCGCGUAAUAAUUACUUUACCCCACCUCUCCAUGUAAAACUAAUCCCAUCCGGUUUAAGAGUAAAGAAUUAAAAGACCACACCACCAAAUAUUGUAAUGUUUGUAUAUACAUUAAGUUAUUGUGCAUGUGCACACACUUAGGAAUCUUCCCAUGGUUAACAAAGAAAAAAAAGACUGAUCACUGACGGCUAAAUGAAGAACAGUGUAAGAAGUGUGGAUCCUAACAUAAGAGCUUUGUUAAAAACUUCAAUAGGAGGUCAUGUCAUCCACGGAAAAAUACCAGGAAGACAUAACAUGAAGUGUGUAUCUGUGUGUGUUAUCCAUUUAAUCCCAGUAAAGGGAGUCACAGUGGUGACAGAUGUAUGUAGUCUUCGUGGGCCCAGAACUUGCAAUUUACACAUCUCACCCACUAUUCUUUGGGUUUGGAAUUUCCAAAGGGCUCCAAAAAAUGACUUUCUUACCUGAAAAUGUGUAUUUUGACUACAAUCUUAACACUUCUUCACACAGCCAUGAACAUUCACGUGCAAGGUCAGGCAGUUAGUGGUUAUAAGUGAAACUGAUCACAUGACUCUUACAUUAUCCCUUACUGUUGAAAAUGAGGCUGUACAUUUGUAGAGUAACUAGAGUCACUGCAGUCAAUAACACAAAAAGAAAAACAAGAGCAAUUUAAUAUAUGAGCUCUGUAAAUCAGCAACAACAUUAACAUCAUCAGAAAAACAGGUACAGGUACAUGCAUUUCAACUUUUUAGUCACUGUAGCUGCGAAAUAGCAUUUGAAAAACAUUUGAACUGCACUGAACUGAUAAAGAAUGAUCUCGCUGCCUUCUGUUUCAAGACCAAAGCCCACGCAAUACAACACUGGAAAUGUUAAUGUUUUGUUUUUUUUUAAUGCUUUUUACAAAAUGUACUGCGAAAUGAUUGUGUUUUUUACUUUCAGCAGCUGAUUUUGAUUUGUAAGACUCUUUAUUUUAUACCUGACCUGGUUGGUUUGUAGAGAAAACCAGCAUGUUUGUCACAGGGAGAAACACUGUUAAAUACUUCACUAAAAUGGAACUGCACUACUGUAAGCUGUCUAACCCAAUAUGUCGUGUUGACUCUCAGUGCUGUACUUAUAUGAAUAUGAUACUUUUUUUUUUUUCCUAUGAUGAGAAUAUAGAAUUAUAACUCCUAUAAUUUAUUUCACCCAUUUGUUUGAAUAAAAUGAAUCAAACAUG